AAUAAAAAAAAUAUUAUUCACGAUCAUGAUUUAAUUUAAAAAUUUAGACACUUUCAUAUUUGCCAAAAUUCAAUUAACACUUUGAAUAUUAAAUUUGAGAACGGUACUAUAUUACACACCUCACUGGCACUUGAACUAAUUUUAUGUGAAUUUGUUUGAUUAACUGGAUUUCUGCGAGUUUGUAUAAAAAGCCAGAAAAAAUCUAAAAUAUUCACACUUCUCACUGAGCUUUCCAACAAUUGACUUGUAAACAUUUAAAUAAAAUGAAUUGCCUUAUUAUAUUAUCAUUCCUGAUUGCAAGCUGCUUAGCUGUACCUGUACCAGACUGUGCCGAUGACAUCAAGACACAGUUAAGAAUUAAUACUGAUAUCACAAAUGAACAGGGCGAGGCAGCUCAACCAAUUAUUUUAAACCUGCAACAGGACCCAAAUAAUGAAUCAUCUGCAAAAAUUGGUUUAUUGGGUUGGUUGUUCAACAGACCGAAUAAUGGUGUUGGUAUUUGGUCAAAAUUCACAACAACCACAACAACUGCUGCAACAACUGCUGCAACAACUGCUGCGACAACUGCUGCAACAACAGCUGCAACAACUGCUGCAACAACAGCUGCAACAACAGCUGCAACAACUGCUGCUACAACUGCUGCAACAACUGCUGCAACAACAGCUGCAACAACUGCUGCGACAACGAUGAUGGGUUAA